GUCUCCUCCCCCUGGCGGGACGCUCCUCCUGCUGCAGCUCCUCUCGAAAGGACUCCGGAGAAGGAGCGGCGGCGGCAGCAGCAGGAGCCGGAGGAGGAAGGAGAGAGAUGGGGGACUCCAAAGUGAAGGUGGCGGUGCGGGUCCGGCCCAUGAACAGGAGGGAAACAGACCUGCAUACAAAAUGUGCGGUGGAUGUGGAUGCAAACAAAGUGAUUCUUCAUCCUGUGAACACUAACCUUUCGAAAGGAGAUGCCAGGAGCCAACCAAAGGUGUUUGCCUACGAUCACUGCUUCUGGUCUAUGGAUGAAGCUAUCAAAGAAAAAUAUGCAGGCCAAGACGUUGUUUUCAAGUGCCUUGGAGAGAACAUUCUCCAGAAUGCCUUUGAAGGCUACAAUGCAUGUAUCUUUGCCUAUGGACAAACGGGGUCUGGAAAAUCUUAUACGAUGAUGGGCACAGCCGACCAGCCUGGAUUAAUCCCUCGGCUUUGCAGCACUCUCUUUGAAAGAGCCCAGAAGGAGGAGAAUGAAGAGCAGAGUUUCAAAGUAGAAGUGUCCUACAUGGAAAUCUACAACGAGAAAGUCAGAGAUCUCCUGGAUCCAAAGGGGAGCCGCCAGUCUUUGAAAGUCCGAGAGCACAAUGUCUAUGGGCCCUACGUGGAUGGCCUUUCCAAACUGGCUGUGGCCAGUUACAAGGACAUAGAAUCUUUGAUGUCUGAAGGCAAUAAAUCUCGGACAGUUGCUGCUACCAACAUGAAUGAAGAGAGCAGUCGGUCCCAUGCGGUUUUCAAGAUCAUCCUCACACACACAUUGUGUGACAUAAAGUCAGGGACUUCAGGAGAGAAAGUGGGCAAGCUGAGCUUGGUUGACUUGGCGGGCAGCGAAAGGGCCACCAAGACCGGAGCGGCAGGGGACAGGCUGAAGGAAGGAAGCAACAUCAACAAGUCCCUCACGACUCUUGGGUUGGUUAUUUCCGCCCUCGCAGAUCAGGCUGCUGGCAAAAACAAGAACAAAUUUGUCCCCUAUCGUGACUCGGUGCUCACUUGGCUACUCAAAGACAGCCUUGGGGGCAACAGCAAGACUGCGAUGGUUGCAACAGUCAGCCCAGCCGCCGAUAAUUAUGAUGAGACCCUGUCGACCCUACGGUACGCCGACCGGGCCAAGAACAUCGUGAACCAUGCCGUGGUGAAUGAAGACCCUAAUGCCAGGAUCAUCCGAGAACUGCGGGAGGAGGUGGAGAAACUCAGGGAGCAGCUCACCAAAGCAGAGGCUAUGAAAUCACCAGAACUGAAAGACCGUUUGGAGGAGUCUGAAAAACUUAUCCAGGAGAUGACUGUGACAUGGGAGGAGAAACUCAGGAAGACGGAAGAGAUUGCACAGGAGCGGCAGAAGCAACUCGAAAGCCUUGGCAUCUCUCUCCAGUCGUCUGGGAUCAAAGUGGGCGAUAACAAGUGCUUUCUGGUUAAUCUGAACGCUGACCCCGCUCUCAACGAACUCUUGGUCUAUUACUUAAAGGAGCACACAUUGAUUGGCUCUGAUAACUCUCAAGACAUCCAGCUCUGCGGAAUGGGGAUUCUUCCUGAGCACUGCAUAAUAGACAUCACCUUGGAUGGGCAAGUGAUGCUCACCCCUCAGAAGAAUACGAGGACAUUCGUAAAUGGCACAGCUGUCACGGGUCCUACACAGCUGCACCACGGAGACAGAAUACUGUGGGGAAACAAUCACUUCUUCAGGCUCAAUUUGCCAAAAAAGAAAAAGAAAGCAGAAACUGAGGAUGAAGACAAUUCAAUGAAAGGGAGCAACAGCUCUGAGCAGCUGGACCUAGAUGGUGACAACUCCAGCGAAGUGUCCAGUGAGAUCAACUUCAACUAUGAAUAUGCCCAAAUGGAGGUGACCAUGAAAGCUCUGGGCGGCAAUGAUCCCAUGCAGUCCAUCUUGCAAAGCCUGGAGCAGCAGCACGAAGAGGAGAAACGGUCCGCCCUGGAGCGGCAGAGGCUCAUGUACGAGCACGAGCUGGACCAGCUCCGAAGGCGGCUGUCUCCCGAGAAGCAGCACUUCCGGGCCAUGGACAGGUUCUCCUUCCACUCUCCCAAUGCGCAGCAACGGUUGCGGCAGUGGGCAGAAGAGAGGGAAGAGAUGUUGAACCACAGCCUGCGGAAGCUGCGGGAGCAGAUUGUGAAGGCCAAUUUGAACGUGAGAGAAGCCAGCUUCAUUGCAGAAGAGAUGGAGAAAAGGACCGAGUACAAGGUCACCCUACAAAUCCCAGCCUCGAGCCUCAAUGCAAACAGAAAGCGAGGCGCAGUUCUGAGCGAGCCAGCCAUCCAGGUGAGGAGAAAAGGGAAAGGCAAGCAGAUCUGGUCGCUGGAGAAGCUGGAGAACCGUCUGGUAGACAUGAGGGACCUCUACCAAGACUGGAAGGACUGCGAUGAGGACAACAUGGUCAUAAGGUCUUACUUCAGGACGGAUCCCUUUUAUGAUGAGCAGGAGAACCACAGCCUGAUCGGUGUGGCCAACGUCUUCCUGGAAUCCCUCUUCUACGACGUGAAGCUACAGUAUGCUGUGCCCAUCAUCAAUCAGAAAGGAGAGGUGGCAGGUCGCCUGCACGUGGAAGUGGUGCGUGUGAGUGGAGAGAUUGGGGAGCGAGUAGCUGGAGGAGAGGACAUCAUGGAAGGAUGCACUGAGAACGACCUGCAGGAGAACAAGUUAGUGUGUAUGAUUAAAAUCCUUCAAGCCACUGGUUUGCCUCAGCAUCUCUCCAACUUCGUGUUCUGCAAAUAUUCUUUCUGGGACCAGAUGGAACCAGUGACGGUGGCCCCCGAAGUGGAUCCCUCCUUAUCUCCCCUUAGCAAGGAGCCGCGGUGCAUGGUCGUCUUUGAUCACUGCAAUGAAUUCUCUGUCAGUAUUACAGAAGAUUUCAUGGAGUAUCUUUCCGAUGGUGCCUUGGCCAUUGAAGUUUAUGGGCACAAGCAGUUCGACCCUCGCAAGAAUCCAGCACUGUGGGAUUUGGGAAUAAUUCAAGCCAAAACACGGAGCCUUCGAGACAGGUGGAGCGAGGUCACUCGCAAAGUGGAGCUGUGGGUCCAAAUGCUGGAGCUUAACGAGAAUGGAGAAUACUGUCCGGUGGAGGUGAUUCCAGCUAAGGACGUGCAUACAGGCGGCAUUUUUCAGCUCAGGCAGGGCCAGUCACGUCGAAUUCAGGUAGAAGUCAAGUCUGUUCAAGAGUCGGGGACGUUGCCUCUCAUGGAGGAAUCCAUAUUAUCUGUCGGAGUGGGCUGUGUUCACAUAAGACCCGUCAGGCCACCAAAAAGUCACGAGAAUCAUCAGGAGGAAGAUGAUGACAUGGACAGUUACCAGGACAGAGACCUGGAGAGGCUGCGUCGGAAAUGGCUGAACGCUCUCACAAAACGCCAAGAGUAUUUAGAUCAACAGCUGCAAAAACUUGCUGGGAAGCCUGACAAAACGGAAGAUGAUGCGGACAGAGAGGCUCAGCUGCUAGAAAUGAGGUUGACCCUUACAGAAGAAAGGAAUGCUGUCAUGGUGCCUUCUGCUGGCAGUGGGAUCCCAGGAGCACCUGCAGAGUGGACGCCUGUGCCUGGUAUGGAGACACACAUUCCAGUAAUCUUCCUGGACUUAAAUGCGGAUGACUUCAGCUCUCAGGAUAACCUUGAUGAGCCAGAAGCUGGUGGCUGGGAUGCGACCUUGACUGCUGAAGAUGAGGACGAGUUCUUUGAACUACAGAUCGUGAAGCACCAUGAGAGUGAGGUGAAGGCAGAAGCGUCCUGGGAUUCCACGGUCCAUGACUGCGCCCAGCUCAGCAGGGGGGCCACAGCAGAGCAAAGGGUGUUCCUCAUCGUGCGGGUGACCGUGCAGCUCAGCCAUCCUGCAGAAAUGCAGCUGGUCCUCCGUAAGCGGAUCUGCGUUAACGUCUAUGGCAAACAGGGCUUUGCUCAGAGCUUUUUAAGAAGAAUGUCCUACCGAAGUUCCAUUCCUGGCUGUGGAGUCACCUUUGAAAUAGUUUCAAAUAUCCCAGAGGAUGCUCAGGGAGUGGAGGAGCGUGAAGCGUUGGCGAGAAUGGCAGCCAAUGUUGAAAACGCGGCUUCAGCUGACUCAGAAGCCUAUAUAGAGAAGUAUCUCCGAAGCGUGCUAGCCGUAGAGAACAUUCUCACUCUGGAUCGGCUGCGCCAGGAGGUUGCAGUGAAAGAACAGCUAACAGGCAAAGGAAAACUCUACAGGAAGAGCCUCAGCUCACCAAACGUGAACCGACUCUCCGGAAGCCGCCAAGAUCUAAAUCCACCUUAUAGCCUCGCUACCUACAAAUGUGCAAAGGUCCAGGCGGAGAGUCGUUGGGAAAGCCAGCAAGAUGUAUCGCAAACUUCAGUCCAUUCCAACAGAUCCAGGGCAAGUCUGUCAGGGUCUACUCAGCAAAACGGCUCUACCGACCCAGGGCUCGGGAGCCUGGCUGCCUCUUACUUGAAUCCUGUGAAGUCCUUCGUGCCUCAGAUGCCAAAGCUUCUUAAAUCUCUGUUUCCCUUGAGAGAUGACAAAAAGGGCAAGCAACCAUCUCCCCUUGCACAACAGCCUGUCCCGCGAAUUAUGGUCCAGUCCGCCAGCAUCGAUGCCAGCGCUGCGAAAAUUAAGCAGGUCACCCAAGAAGAGAGCCCGGAGCCGUUUGAGGUGGCCGUGCAGUCCACAGAGCUGGAGAGGUCACCCAAAGUGCCUUCGCAGCCGUCGGCGGUGGACGUUCAGGCACAAGACACCCAAGAAGGGCCACCAAGUCCCUUGAGCGAAGCGUCCAGUGGCUACUUCUCUCACAGUGUUUCCACAGCGACCCUUUCCGAAGCGCUGGCACCAGGGGGCGAUGCCCCUGGACAAGCCACUGUCCCGACACCCACAGCGAGCGAGGCGUCGCAGCCCACACCAGCCGUCCAGCUGGUGUCUGCAACUGAAGGCCCCGUAAAACCGUGUUCUGUGUUAGCCUCUGAAACUUGCCCUUCUCUUGUGAGCAGUGAUUCGCUUGCUACUGGCCUUAAAAAGGACCAGGCAAGAACUAAGGAGAGCGACAAAGUGAACGGGAAUGACAGUUUAAGGUCCAGGUUGGUUGGCUCUCCUGUCAUUCCAAGUGAGGCCUCUCUAGCUGCUGAUGCUAAAGGCAGCCCUUCUGCUGCCACCUCCUCCAGGAAAGAAUUGCAGUUGAUACAUCAGCCUGUGAAUUCACCCACCGAGGACCCACCUUCUGUUGUUGGGCAUGCAAAGUCAGCCUCCGUUUCUGACCCGGGGCCUUCCAAAUCUCAGGUUUUCCCCGACCUCUUGCCUCAGACCGGCAUUGCAGCCUCUCCUUUCAAAAUCCAAAGAGUAAGGACGUCCGAACUCAAGUCCUUCUCCAACAUGUUGGGAGGAGACUCUGGAGGAUUCUCCAGCUCGGAGGAGGAGAAGGUGGGAGGAGCAAACCAACCAGACCUGCAAGAGGCCAGCCAGGACAACGGCACAGAAGUGGCCUCUGAGGACAAACUGGAAGUGACCUCUGACUCGGAGGAAGGAAACGAGGUUCCGGACUGGCUGAAGGAAGGCGAAUACGUCGCCAUUGGUACAAAUAAGACUGGGACGGUGAGAUAUGUUGGCCCCACAGACUUCCAGGAGGGCAUAUGGGUCGGGGUGGAGCUGGAUUUGCCAUCAGGUAAGAAUGACGGUUCAAUUGGGGGAAGGCAAUACUUCAAGUGCAAUCCAGGCUAUGGGCUCCUCGUGAAGCCGAGCCGGGUAAAACAAGCCACGGGGUCUACAAGACGUCGGAGUGCUGGGCUGAGACUGCAAAGUGGCGUCGUGGCUGAGAACCGGAGGAGUGGCAAUUUCUCCAGCUCAGCCUCCAACCUGGCCUCUCUGACUGCCUUGGCCAAAUCCGAAGGAGGACCCGCUCUGAGACCCGAAAAGACCCCCAAGAAUGCAGAAAAUAGGAAAUCCUGGGCUACCUGAAGGAGGUCUGCUGAUCAGGCAAGCCAGCCUGAUCUGACACUACCUUGUGAAGUUGACACUUUGGAACGGCCUUACUCGCACAACUCAGCCAACUUGGGGGCGGCAAUGGAUGCAUGAGAGACUCCUUAGCAGGGUGGGGUGGGUGUCCUCUUCUUGGGUCACUGAUACAUGUGGAAUUCUUGGCCUUUUUUGUUAUGAGGGAGUGGCCUGUCGAAACUCCUGAUGCAAACAGUGAUGCUUCUGUGUGAGCUUUUACUUUUCUCCCCACCCCCUACAUUAUAUACCUACACACACUGUCCCUGAGGCUCUACGCGUCUGGUUCAAGGAAAGCCAUUCCCCAAAUGGCCUGCAUCCAUGUCCAGCUCCUGCAAGCAAUGUUGCUGAGGCUCCUUGUGAGAAGAGAUGCCCAAUGCAACCUGCUAUCAGUCCUUGGAGCUCUGUGGUCCUAAAGCUCACUCUUAAAUCACGCAGAAGCAAAAUCUGAUGGCCUGGUCGCCGAUGUCCUGCUAGAAACGGUGCCUGUCUUGAAUGCCUCUCUUCCUGGGCUUUUCGUGCUCUUGUUGAAGUCAGUGGGAAGGUCUUGUUCCUCCUUGUGCUGGAAUGAGGCUGUGGGGUCUGUCCAUCUUAUCAGUGGCUUUUUCCAGUUCUUCUUGUUAUGAGCAUAUAUUUUGUUUUGUUGACGAAUGGUGGCCUAGUAGUGAUUUUUUAUGUUCUUCUAGUGGGAGAGAGGAUAAAGCAUCUGCUUCUCUCUCCCGGGAUGUUGGUCUUUUUAAUUAUUUCAGCAUGUCAGCAUGCCCUCUGGUGCUACUGUAUUUAUAAAGUUGUCUCCCAUUGGUUGGUCUGAGUUUGGUCAGAGUGACCGUGCAGUGCAGAAAGAGAGUCACACUCAGCCCUAGGUGGGCAUCCUUCCUUGUGGUCUGGAUUCAAACUGGGUUGUAAAGCAGAUGUUUAUUCCUUUCCCCAGUGCUAUGGUAUUUAUUUGUUAUUUAUUAAAAUAAUACUAGUAAAGCCCUUGCGACUUACAAUCAACCCACUGCCUCCUGUUGCACAAAGGCGCACACCCUGUUGAGGGCAACACCCAGCUCUUCUUGCACACCCACACCAGCAGGACGUCCUCUCUGCCUGCUGAACGGGCCUCUUCCUGUUCCUCCAUUCAUUUCUUUCUUCAAACCAACUUAUUUCCUUGGAAGAUGUGGGUGGUUUAGAAUAAACCAUUUGAAAUGUGUCAUAAGAGCAGCCCUGCUGGAUCAGGCCCAAGAAGGCCCAUCUAGUCCAGCAUCCUGUUUCACACUUUGGCCCACCAGAUGCCGCUGGAAGCCACAGGCAGGAGUCGAGGGCAUGCCCUUUCUCCUGCCGUUACUCUCCUGCAACUGGUACUGAGAGGCAUCCUGCAUUUGAGGCUGGAGGUGGCCCACAGCCCUCCGACUGGUAGCCAUUGAUAGACCUCAAGAUUUUUGAGGCCAUGAAAAAUGGAAUUGGACCAGGCCUGCACAACUUGUGAACACCCGUUCAAAUGCAGCCCUCCAGCCAGGCCUGGUAGCUUGCCAAGUGUGACAGCACCGCACUUUUUUUUCCUUUGCAGUCCCAGGCAGGCAGUAAAAAACCAGGAAGCUUCUGGAACCCCCAGUAGCCACCCAUGGCUCAGAGUCUGCAUUCAAAAAGUUGUGCGUGCCUGAUUUAUAUGUUUUCAUCCAAACUGGCGGAACUCCAGUGUUGCCCAGUGUACCACUAAGACUUGGAACCAAUUCUGACAUAACCUUCUGUAGUCAUAGUGUUUGUCCAGGAGCAUGUAAAAACGAUGUUCCAGUGGAUCUCAUGCAGGCAAUUUGGUCACAAAUGAUCCCACUGAUUGCUUCGGUCUGGAAUCCUGAAACUUGUGGGGUCAUCCAUGAUCAUAUUCCAUGGACGAGGUCAUCCAGUUUCACCUCUUUAAAAGGAGAUACUUGCAGAAAUGACUUGUUGGUUCUGGGCUGACCCUCAGCUUAGUGAACAUGAAGGUAUUGAUCAGUUGUAGAGAUCUGAGCUCUGUCAGUAACCUAUUAAAGGUUGCAAAUUCAGUUGUUGAACCAGAGUGUGCGUCUCCAUUUUCUGCCCCUACUGUGCAGAUGUGUAUCCACGUGUCUUAGCCAUCCAGGCCUCAAGGCUGAAGGAAGAGCUGUUGCAGAGGUUGCUUUCUGUCCUGGAUAGGAUGUUGGGUGGAGGAGGAGUGUAAUUGGGGUUGGUUGGUUUGCAGAAGGAACAUAAAUUUAAGCCUUGAAUGGGGAAAGGGAAUGACUCCCUGCUCCUCUCCAGGGUACUUGUUGUUUGUGUGCAAUUGGAAGGUUGUCUGGGGUGUGCUGGAGAUGGAUCCACAUGAAUUCCAGGUCUCCUUUUAAUAAAAUAAAAAAGUGAAUUUCUAGCACUAUUUUGGUUCUAAAACCUGCAGCCUAUGGUCCUAAUCCAGAUAAAGUAAAGCACCCCCAAAUCCUGCUGAAAUGGGGUUUAAAUUAGUUGUAAUUCUAUGAGGGCUAGAAAUGUCCUCUUUGGUAAGGAUUUCCUGGAUUCUGUAUUAGAAGGCCAGUUUCCACAAACUGCCAUGUGGUCACAACAGAGCAGAUUACUAGAACCUCUGCCCUCCCUGUGAAGUGUUGCUAAAUAGGAUGAGUGAGAAAAUUAGCUGCAAGUUGCUUUUCUCCUUGUGGCAGUGACUAAAUACACUAAGUGUAGACUUAUCUAUUUUAUUGCUAACUACCUACUUGUAGUUGCACAGCCGAUCCCUCAGGAAGGACCUUAGCUCAGUGGCAGAGCAUUUGUUUUGCAUGCAGAAGACCCAGGUUCAAUCCCUGGCAGCAUCUCUAGGUAGGGCUAAGAAAGACUCCUGCCUGAAACCAUGGAAAGCUGCUGCCAGUCAGUGUAGACAAUACUGACCUCGAUGGACCAAUGGCCUGACUCUGUAGAAGGCAAGCCACCUUAAUAUAACCGGUGCCUGCAUAGCUAGAACAGCCCAGCUGGAAAUGCUCCUGUGAUUAUGUCUUUGUGUACAGGAUUUUCUUGCAAGGUUUUCCCCCCCAUGCACUUUACCCAAAAGGAAAGGAGGCUAGUUCUACAAAGAAGUGACAGCUGCACUAUAGACCACGAUCCAGAGAUCUUUAGACACUCAGACCUUUUUGUCUUGGAACAGCUCUUCUCUCCCUCUGCUGUAUCACUGACACCAUUCCCCACCUCUUUGAUUUCGGUUUUUAUUCACCAAGAAGCUGCACAUUCCUUAAUACAUUCAAGCUUCCGUGUGUAAUUUGAAAGAACACUGAAGAAGAAAAAAUCAGAGGCAGCUUGUUGAAGAAACACACAUUUAACAGUUGUGCUGGAGUGGGCAGAGAUUGCCAUGUAAUUUUCUGGAUUGUGGUCAUGCUCUUUACACCUUUCUCCUUUUUAAAUUAAUUGCCCUUUAACAUCCUUCCUCUAGGUCUGUUCUGAUCAUGGUGUCCAGGUUCUUGCAGAGGAUGCCGAUACAUCCCUCCCACCCACCUACCCAUGUUGAUAGAAGAAAGUGUAAACUUGGGUACCAUAAACCACUACGAUUUCCCCCAUUAAUUUGUACAUGGGGCAGGUUUGCUGAGACUGCUACAUUGUCGCAGUGCUGUUUCCAAAACAAACCUUUCUUUUUUCAUUACAAAGCAAAGGAUUUCUACUGCCAAGAAGUGUCUUCCUAGAACACCACCAUUGGAUUUUCAAAAGCUAACUACUAGUUAAUCUUAAAAUUCACAAACUUUAAAAUGUUCUGUGUAGAAGCUGUUCUCUCUGGGAUUUUCAGUGACAUUCUUUACACACUUCUUUUAACCAGACUUUGAAAUAAAGACGUUUAUGGCUGAACGGAGGGUGGCAAAUACCUUUUGAGUUACUUCCCUCUGAGCUGGAAGGGAAAGAGAGUGGGGCACUGGACUUCCAAGGUAGGUGUGGGAACUCGGGCCAUUCCUUUGGCCCACUCGUGAUCUCUAGAGCAUGGGUAACAGUUGCUGGGCUACAGUUCCCACCAUCCCUAGCUGCACUAAGUUGAUGCCGGAGAGUCUCCGAUUGGCCACUCUUGCUACAGAUAGAGAGAGAAAAUUCUCCCCCCACCCCCACCGAACCUUCUUGGAGUUUGCCGCCUCUUUCUCCCCCCCCCCACCCCCAUGGUGGCCCAUAACAUUACUCUGGCCACUCCGUAGUACUGUUCGUUUCACUUAAGCAAGCCUCCAUUCCUUCAACCGUGCCUUAUCUGCCAAUCUAAGAGCCAGCCUACUCUUUCUGUCUUCCAUGUGGCAGCUGCAUUCAUAUGGUAAAGCAUUGGCAUGCAGCCAUUUGGCCCACUGCUUGGCUGGCUUUUGGGGAGGGUAGAACCAGAACGUUGGCUAGAGCGGUAGGUGUUCUUGAGGAAGAAUCCUGUGGUCUGCUGCUUGAAAUAUUUUAAUAAUGCAAACUCUUGACACUUUUCUGUAGUAGCAGCAGCAAUGCCUCUUCACCCAGAUUUUCCGCUGCUACCGAGCGCGCUCUCUUGAGAUGGGCCAGCAGCCAAGUGGGAUGCCAUAUCCAAGAUGGGAUAUAUAUUUAUUUAUUUAGGAUAUUGGUAAAUAUGGUAAAUGUAGGCCAAUACCAUUUGUAGUGGCCAAUACCAUUUUGGAUGUGGCUAGCAUACUUGGUAGUUGUAAUGUACCUACUGUGAAGGCAAGGCAUUGGGGUGGUCUCAGUUGUGCCCUAAUUCGCAACUCUUACCCAUUUCCUGUUGAGUGGAAAAUGUGUCCUAUUUCUACUCUUCUUCCACACUAAGCAACACGAGGAGGCAUAUGCAGAUAUAGCACCUGAUGCAGUCAACUCAAAAGACUUUCCUACUUCAUAAUCAACACUAACUUCCUCCGAUGUAAUUAGAGAUUGUCUUUUGGUAUUGUCUCUUCUGUUGAUUUGUUUUGUGAUUUUUGUUUUGUACAUGUAGAAAGACUGUAUAUAAAGAACGGAUGUUUAGAGUGUGAUGGUCAGUACUGUCGGUUGUACCGUUAAUGUGCUAAAAUCCAAAGAUUCUUGUAAUGAAUUGUAAAGUUUUUAAUCUCUUGUAUUAUACUAAAUAACUUGUAAUAAUUGUAUCAUAUCUGUGACAUGAUGUAUGUUAUCUAAAUAAAAAAAAACCUUCUUUAGGCCAA